GAAUAAGAAAUGGGAUAUACUCCUGAAAAAUUGCGUGCGAGUUAGGAAAUAGGAUAGGAGACCGAGGAAAUAUUUCGGAGAACAAAAUCAGCAUCUGGCAACCAGUGGUCCCGUGUAGGAUUUCUUCCUUCCGACGUCUUUUCAAUAAAUUCCGCGCCAUUUCGAAGGACAGAGAGAUGCAACACUAAUAUUUAUCGGUAGCUAAGCGGCAAGCUGCCAACCUGCUGUAACAUAGUUAGAUAAAUUUAAUUCAAAUUGCACCUAUAGCAGACAAAAGAUAAAAUAAUCCAUAUAGCUAAGUAAUCAGUUAUGUUGCUGCCGUCGGACGUGGCGAGGCUUGUUUUAGGAUACCUUCAGCAAGAAGGACUGUGUGCCACUGUUCAGGCGUUCGUCCUGGAGAGCCCGAAUUUGAAGGAGUACUCGAGUCACAGCCGAAACCAUGGGCCAACUUCUACAUGUGUGUUUUCCUUGUAUGGAAAAAAUCUGUCAACAAUUCUGACCGAAUAUGUCGCAAAAAAGGCUACAGAAUCAUGCCAAGAGAUUGAAGUACCAGCCAGGAAGAUAUCACUAUGGGAAAAGUUAGAUGUCACACUCAACCAAAUAAAGUGUCUGCAGAGCUUUCUGACUCUUCGUGAGGACCAGAGAUGCUGUAAAAAGGCUGCAUCCGGAAAGGAGGCGGAGUCCAGGACAUCGAAGAUGAGGAAUAUGACCGAGCCCAAAAGCAGCAAGCGCAGGAAAAUGGCGCACCCCGUCCCACGAGCUUCCAGGCUGACUGAUCCUCGAACCCCUUCGUUUCCCUUUAGCGUUUCUGGACUGGAGACCCAGUCAGGCCCGCACCCAAAGGCUCAGUCGCCCGUGGGGAGUAUUGCAUCCAAUGGCGGGGGGCAAAUGAGCCCGCCUCCGUGCGUUAGAGACGCCCGCCCCGUGCCAGCAGGGGGUGGUGCACCAGGCCCUUUGCCUCUAGAAGCUGGAACUCACCCAGAUCCCAAUGAGCCACGAGAUUCCGAAUAUUCCGCUGAGAUUCCCAGGAAUCCGGCCCCGACCCUCUACCAGUCGGGUGUCCAGGAGGGCCUGCAUAUCCCAGAAGGCCACGGUGGACAGAACCACCAGCUCUGUGCGCGCUCCACGUCCGGCUCUGAGACUGACCCGAACGGGCCUCCCGCUGGGGGUGGCGAUCCGGGGGCGUCGGGUAAAAGCGGGGCUCCACGGGAGGACGAGGGACAGUCGCCGUCGCGUUUCCCAGCAGCCUUUUUUCCCUCCGAAAACACUCCGGGAACCGCAGGAACCCGAUCGCACUCUACUUCCUCUGCCACGUCGGGUCAGCCUGUAUCGCUGUGCCCCCUGCCCCCCAUCAAAAACACUCGGCCCUGUGGAAGAGAGGCCCCGCCCGCCACGGAGGGGUGCCCGCCCAUUGCACCCGACGCCACGUCCCCGGCAAGCGUCACCUCGACAGCCUCGCCCGCGCCCCCACCCCCCCGCUCGGCCUCUCGGGCUAACCCCCCCGGCGUGAAGCCUGAGCCCUGUAAAACUGUCACCGGUAGCGACACGGACGAUGGCAUGAGUGCCUCGUGUCAGAUUGUGAGCACCAUUCCAAGCACAGAGGCAGUCAGCAUUGCAGAACACAGCGUGCUACCUGGAGACGGCCACCAGGGGGCGACUGGAACAACGGUUACUGCCUCAACACUCCAGGUAUCACCUGUUCACUCCACGUUGCAAAGCAUCAUGGACCAGAAGAACAUGCACAAGUUCCCCAUGGGCCCCAGUCAGAUAUUAGUGUCGCCAGCUCCUUCCGUACAAAGCCCGGUGAAGCCGAAUCCCAGAAAAGAGGCUUCUCAAAAGCAAGGGACACACAACGGCACAGCGGUGGCAAGCUCUCCAGAUUCGGCCACAGAGCGGGGACCCGCGGCGACCCCUCAGUCGGGGUUCCCCUCCGGCCCCGGGCCCCAGAGCCCCAGGAGGAUGCUGUGCUUCCAAGUGUCCGGCAGGAACGGCCAAACCCCGAAACUCAACCCGAUUGGUCAGUGUGCCAGCGGGCCCACCUUCUGGUGGAUUAAACCUCCAGUUUCGGAAGGCACUGGAGCAGUGGGAACUUUAGGGGCCCAUGUCCGCCCUCCAGAACGUCUUCCCUCGGUUUGCCCCCAACAACCUUCUGAGGAGAGCAGCGUCCUCUUCAGGCAGGUGGCAGAAGUACUGCGGAACAUUCAGGAACAGAGUCCCAGCCCGAGCCCAUCCAAGCCUCCGCCCCCUCCCAGAACCCCCGCCCAGGGGCGUGGCCCGGAGAGAGAGUCCGCAUCACAGCACCUCCUGCGGGACUCCGCCUCCCCGGGCGGCCCCGCCCCCCGCUGCAGCCCAGCCGCCGACGCGGCCGCCCGCGCGCUGAUGGUCCUCUCCCGUUCCGUCGUGGCCCGGACCGCUACCCCGCCGAAACGCAGCGACCAGCAGGGGGCGCCCCACGCCGGGCCAGGGAGGAGGCGCCUGCAGCGCCAGCUGCUUCCUGGCCCCGCCUCCGUGAAAGAGCUGCAGCUCUCGACCAAUGGGACAAGGGUCAAGCGACAGAAGAUACUACUGGAAUGCUUCCCUGAUGACGUCGAUGUGGACAAGUUCCUGUCGUGCCUGCAUUAUGACGAAUAAGGCGAGCGGUAUUUAGGGCUCUGCUUCCGAUUGGGUAACGGCAUUGCCCUGGACACCCUUUCUGCUCCUCUACCAUCCUAUUCCAGCAAGCUGUACUGGACUCAAGGAACCAAAGGCAGGGGUUGUGUUCCAGAACCUACACUUGCAUUCUCCCUCGAGCACUCAAACAAUAGGGGUGUUUGUCAGUGACAUAUCAAGUACAGUUCCAGAACUUAGGUGUGCACAUGAAUUCCUCAGAUAGUCAGAAGACAAGUCCAAAACUAUGAUUGGUUAAAAUUACCAAGGCAUUGAUAACAAAACUCCAUCCAUCAUGAAGUCUCACUCUUCCACGGAUACCGAAAAAACUGGCCAGUAACACUUCUUUAUUGGAAGGUUUUGAUUAUGUACUUGGAUGUGAUUCAGAAAAUAUUCUUAGAAUGCAAAAAAAUGGAUUGUCUUCCUGAGAAUAAUGUGAGAAAUGUUUUUAAGCAGAACAUGAAAAUUUCCCCCAUUAUUUCAUCUUUGUUUAAUUGUACUCCCUCAAGCAUAUUUUCCAUUUGAAUUGUGGUUGAGUCUCUGGUUAUGCUAGCCCAUGGAAUGCUGCAGCUUUGGAAUGCAGGACAUUUCAAAAUCAGCAUUUUACACUUAUUAAUUUGUGUUCUGAUAAAAAUAACUAUUUUUGGCUGCUCACAGCAAUAACACAAUAAAUUUGUGUUGUUUAUAAUUUUAUGAUGACACUUGUAACAGAAACAGGAUAAAAUAAAACAAAUAAUGUUUUAAUACUGAUCAAAAUGCAUUUUGGUUUUAAUUUACUCAUGUUGAGCAAGCUAGCGUGAGAGUGAGACAUCUAACAGGGUUCCCACUCGUCCUGGAAAACCUUGAAAACCUGGAAAUUUAUCGACUAGUUUUCCAGUCAUGGAAAACACCUGGAAAAAGAGAAA